ACCCAACUAGGGAUAAAUAGAUUAUUUUGGUAUACCAGUUAAGGAAACAAUUUCACCUUAUUAGAAAGGAGAAGGCCGAAGGAACCGGGUUGAAACAUACACCCAUUGCUAUUCUCUAACUUGGCAAUACUCUUCUUCUCCUUACUUAUUCUGGAAAAUAAACCGAAGAAGAAUAAAUUUAUGAGUUCUUGUUCCAAUCAAGGGACAAAGAGCUAAUCGGUUUUGCAACAUAGAUAAAAGCAGUAGUGAGUGAAGACUUGAAAUGGAGCUUGACCUCGAUUCGUUUUUAGAGUCACAUGCUGAUGACGACGACGAUGAUCACUUACUACAUCAUCGCACUGUUGAUGAAAUUCUCCUCAACCACUCCUCCUCUUCUUCUUCUUCUUCUUCUUCUUCUUCUUCACCUUCUCCUCCUUCUUCGCCAUCUGCUGCACAUGGACACAAUUAUCUAGAUCGUCGCAGUCGCUCUGUAGACUCGUCUUCCCAAUCUGCAGAGCCAAGACCUGAGUCAAUUAGUAGCAAACAAUCCAGUGAAUUUUUUUCACCACCGGCAGGCCAGACUGUGUUGCCACCAUUUUUUAAUGGGGUCAUCAGAUCAAAUUCAAAGCCCGGGGAUGCCUUCGCUGCGGCAGCUGCUGCAUCACGCUCCAUUCCUGCACCUCGUGCAGCAGCCAUCAAAUCCAGAAGAGCAAGCUCUGCAGUGUUGCAAAGGGCUUUGGAAACUGAUGCAUCGGCUUCCAUAGCUCCUCCAUCCCGUAAUGAUACCAACGUUUCGGACAAAAAUCUUGAUACGUUUGGGCGCUCAGGGUUUUUACACGAGAUUGGUUCUGAGAAUAUUGACUUGACUAGUAAGGAGGUUUCUACAGUGGAUGCAGGUCAGGAUAAUACGAGCGUUGCUGGAGAUGAUGUUUCUGAGAUGGAUGAAUUUUCAAAUAAAAGUAAUUUGAAGGAAGCUCCAAAUUAUACUGGAUCUCUAGUGGAAUUUCCUACUAGAACUGAAAAAGACUUUAUUUUUAAUGAGAGCUCUCGGCUGGAUGAGAUUGAAGAUAGGCAAGUUCAAUCUUUAUCUGGAGGUGAAGAUAAUGUUACAAGUGCUGAUAGCAGUGAAGAAGCUGCUACAAAUGAGAUACUCUCUUCUCCAGUUUAUGGCAGUCCUUCUGACAAAACUGAAAAGGAUGGUGUUAAACAUGAGCUUGAGAAUGUAAUUUCUCAAUCUAAAGAGGAAGAGACCUGUUCCCCUAGAGAUGAAAACGAUUCUCUAGAUGAUGCUGCAAGUAUCAUUGAGGAGUUAGUUCUACAAGGGGAAAGUAUGAGGGAUAGUACAACGCCUCUGAAAAAAUACCACUCUGCCUUGAAGCCCUUAGAAUUGGCUGAGGAAGCUGAAAAGAAGCAGGCCUUCACGGCUAUGCACUUGGAAGAAGGUGCUGCUGCUCAACCAAUGAGGCUUGAUGGAGUUCAUAGGGGUUCUAAUGUCUUGGGUUACUUUGAUGUAGAUGAUAAUAACACUAUUACUCAAACCCUGUUAUCUCAAGCUUUCAGGCGAGAACAUGGAUCUUCGCAGGCCUUGGCUGUUCACCUCAACUACAUUGCUGUGGGAAUGUCCAGAGGAUCAAUUCUUGUGAUGCCAAGCAGAUACUCUCCACAUCAUGCUGAUGACAUGGAUGCUAAGAUGUUGAUUUUUGGGUUGCCGAGAGAUAGACCUCAAGUCCCUGUAACUUCCUUGAGCUUUAAUCAGCAAGGGGACUUGCUCUUUGCAGGAUAUGGUGAUGGGCAUUAUACUGUAUGGGAUGUGCAAAGGGCCUCUGUGCUUAAAGUUGUCACUGAACAUAAAGCUCCAGUGGUGCACCUUUUAUAUUUAGGGCAGGAUUCUCAAGUUACUCGUCAGUUUAAUGUGCUCAGCGGUGAUACUAAAGGUGUAGUUAAGUUAAGCCGGUUUAAAGUGCUUCCCUUGAUCAAUAUGAUCUCCCUUUCGAAGUCACAGGAAAUACUAACGGAAAACAAUAGCACUACAAUAUGUGCUGUGCCACUACUAUCUGGUGAAAGUUAUGGAGGUGCAAUGGUGGCUUCUCUAGAUGGAGGCAACCCUUCUUUGAUUGAGGAAGGUGUGGUCAUAUUUGGCACACACCAAUAUGCUCUAGUGGCAAAAAUAAGCCCCACAUUUAAAGUUUAUGCUAAAAUUGCACGCUCUGAUGGUGUUAGGGAGGGUUCAAUGCCAUAUGCUGCUUGGAAGAAAUGUAUGGGAUCACUUAGUUCUUCAGAAAGUAUGUCCAUUGAAACAUCAGAAAAUGUUUCACUGCUUGCAAUUGCUUGGGAUCAAAGUGUUCAGGUUGCUAAGCUGGUGAAAUCAGAGCUAAAAGUUUGUUGGAAAUGGACUACAGAUAGCUCAGCAGUUGGGCUGGCAUGGUUGGAUGAACAGAUUUUGGUAAUUCUCACGGCAACUGGACGACUUUGUUUGUUUUCAAAAGAUGGGAACUUGAUCCACCAGAGAAGUUUUGCUCUGGAUGGAUCUUGUGGAGAUGAUGUCAUGUCAUACCAUGCCUACUUCAGCAAUGCUUUUGGAAACCCUGAGAAAGCGCAUCACAAUUGUUUAGGUGUCAGGGGGGAAACUUUGUACAUUCUGCGGCCAUCCCAGCUUGUUGUUUCACGCCUUCUUUCCUGGAAGGAACGAAUAGAGGUUUUGCAUAAAGGAGGUGACUGGACGAGUGCGCUGAACAUGGCAAUGUCUCUUUAUGAUGGUCGAGCACAAGCAGUUAUUGACCUUCCAAGUAAUUUGGAUGAUGUUCAGAAGAUUCUUAUACCAUAUCUUGUACAGUUGCUGUUGUCAUAUGUAGAUGAGGUAUUCUCCUACAUAGCAGUGGCAUCUGGCAACCAACAUGGGCAGUCAGGCCAAUCAAAUGAAUCUAAGUAUGAUGCUGACUUUGUGCAUCCUGAUAUUAAGGAGCAGUACACUGUGGUUGGUGGUGUUUCCGUUGAAUUCUGUCUUCAUAUCAAGAGACUUGAUGUUCUCUUUGAUGAAAUUUUUCCGAAGUUUGACGCUGUGAAUCACAAGGAUACUUUUUUGGAGCUUCUGGAGCCAUAUAUUUUGAAAGACAUGUUAGGAUCUUUACCACCUGAGAUAAUGCAAGCACUAGUGGAGCACUAUAGCACUAAAGGUUGGUUACAGCGUGUUGAACAGUGUGUCCUCCACAUGGACAUGUUGUCCCUGGAUUUCAAUCAGGUUAUUCGCCUAUGCAGGGAGCAUAGGCUGCAUGGUGCAUUGAUCUACUUGUUUAACAAAGGUCUUGAUGAUUUUAGGACUCCUUUGGAAGAGCUCUUUUUAAUUUUGCGGGAUAGCAAAAGAGAAAGUGCUACUACUCUUGGGUAUAAGAUGCUCGUUUACCUCAAGUACUGCUUCCAAGGUCUUGCUUUUCCUCCAGGGCGUGGAACUCUCCCUCCCACACGUGUGCCGUCUCUUAAAAGAGAGCUUGUGCAGUUUUUGUUGGAGGAAGCGAGUUCUCCAAAUUCUUCUACAGCAAUGUGCUUACCAUACAGUGGACCGCACCCAAACCUGCUCUCUCUGUUAGAGCUCGACACAGAGGCCACCUUAGAUGUUUUCCGAUAUGCAUUUGUAGAAGGUGGAAACGAAAGUUUCAGUCCUGCAUGGAAUCCAGCUAAUUUAAAGACGGAAACAACUGAAGUAGACAUUUUAGCUAUUGAAGGCGAAAACUUAGUUCAGAAAGUAGUAGAUGUUCUUGCUGCCAUUCUUGAUAUGAGUUAUUUCCAAACUGGUGGUUCUUUUAACAGUAAAGACGAAAGAUGUACUGACAUUUGGCCUACAAAGAAAGAUAUCGAGUACAUAUUAGAUUUUAUUUCCUUUUUUAUUACCUUUGAAAAAGCUACGGUUUCAAAAGAUACCCUUCGUCAAAUUCUUGAGUAUCUGACACUGGGGAACGAAACUUACCCCAAUGUGUCUAGGCGGAUUGUUGAAACCUUCAACAGAAGACAGAAGCAACUGACUGCACUUUUAGAAGUUUUGCCAGAGGAAGACUGGGAUGCACAUUACUUACUGAAUUUAUGUGAGAAGGGUCAACUGCAUCAGGUCUGCGGCUUAAUUCAUGCCAUCCGACAUCAGUAUCUUUCUGCUUUGGACAGUUAUAUGAAAGCUGUUGAUGAGCCUAUUCUUGCUUUCAUAUUUAUUGAUAGCAUGUUGCGGCAACCGAGAGGCAAAGAAUCUGAUGCUUUUAGAUCAGCAGUCAUUUCUCGAAUCCCCGAUCUACUCAAGUUGAACAGGGAAGGAACCUUUUUUCUGAUUGUCAAUCAUUUAGGAGAGGAGAAGGAUUACAUUUUGUCUCAGCUGCGGUCUAAUCCGGAAAGUCUUUUCCUUUAUCUGAAGACGCUCAUUGAAGUUCAUUCAACAGGCACCCUAAACUUCUCUUCUCUAAGAAAAGAUAAUGCUUCAGACUUUCGUGGAAGCAAGAGACUUAUGUCCUCUGAAGUGUACCUGGAAACCUUGUCUGACUUACCUAAGCUCCUGCAGAAUUAUCCAAUUCACAUAACUGAUGAAAUGACAGAGCUUUAUAUUGAGCUGUUAUGUAGGUAUGAGCCUAAGUCAGUCCUUGGAUUUUUGGAGACUUUUGAAAGCUAUAGGGUGGAACGCUGCUUGCGUUUGUGCCAGGAGUAUGGAAUUGUUGAUGCAGCUGCUUUCUUGUUAGAAAGGGUUGGUGACAUUGGAAGUGCCCUUUUGCUUGUUAUAUCUUCACUUAAUGAAAAAUUCAUCCUGCUUGAUACUGCUGUUGAAAGUAAACACUCUGAUGCGGCUCCUGAGCAUUUCAAAGCUACUUUAAGCAAGAAAGAGGUCACUGUCAUACUAGAUAUUUUGCGCACUUGUAUUGGACUGUGCCAGAGAAACAGCCCCCGAUUGGACCCUGAUGAAGCAGAGAGUCUCUGGUUUCAAUUGCUUGAUUCUUUUUGUGAGCCUUUGAUGGAUUCACAUGAUCACAGUAAAAUAAGGUACAAAGAAGAAGAAUGCAUGCAAGAAGGUCAGCAGGCUUGCAAAAUUCAGUGGAAGGUGUCAAAAUCUCAUAGAAAUGCUCACAUCCUCAGGAAAUUGCUUUCUGUGUUUAUCAAAGAGAUUAUCGAAGGAAUGAUUGGAUAUGUAAGCCUCCCAAGGAUCAUACUAAAGCUUCUUUCAGAUAAUGAGACACAGGAAUUUGGUGAUUUCAAACCUACUAUACUGGGGAUGCUUGGAACAUAUGAUUUUGAGAGGCGGAUUUUGGACACUGCUAAAUCAUUGAUUGAAGAUGAUACUUAUUCCUCCUUGAGCUUACUGAAGAGAGGAGCUUCUCAUGGAUUUGCACCGCGGAGCCUCCUAUGUUGCAUUUGUAACUGCCCCCUCACAAAAGAUUUCUCAGCUUCUAGCAUUCAAAUUUUCAGCUGUGGUCAUGCAAUACAUCUCCAAUGCGAACCUCAGGGAAAUGAAGCUUCAUGCAGGGGAAACUCAGCUGGAUGUCCUAUUUGUAUGCCAAGAAAGAAUUCAGAGAGGUUGAGAAGUAAAUCCGUGCUUGUGGAGAAUGGAUUGGUGAAGACUCUAUCAAAAUCUCAUCAAACACAUGGGAUGACUGCUCUUCAUCCCCAUGAGAAUGAUGGUUUCGACAACUUCUAUGGACUCCAGUCCAUUUCAAGGUUUGACCUCCUGCUUAAUCUUCAAAAGAACAAUCAGUCAAUGCAAAUAGAGAAUAUCCCUCAGUUGAGGCUUGCACCACCUGCUGUGUACCAUGAAAAGGUUAAGAAAAGAAAUGUUCCCUCAGCUGGAGAAAGCAGCAAUGGUCUGGCGAAAAUGGAGAAACCCAGCAGGAGCAAGCAUCUCAGAGAUGUAAAACUUAAAGGAUCAUCUUUAAGGUUCCCCCUAAAAUCAAAAGUAUUUGGUAAAGAGAAGAACAUUAAGCUGUGACCAGCUCAUGGACGGCCAAGGUUAGGUGAUUUUUCCUCUCUGGAAGCUGCAAAUCUGAUCAUUAUCUUCUGGGUUUAUCUUCAUUAAGCUUGUUGUUAUAGCAGAAAUUGAAUUCGCAAGAGGAACUAAGUGUGGCUAGUACUGAGCCUGAGGUUAGAUAUUAGGAUUUUCUGCUCUGUACAUUUGGUAUCUGCCCCAUUUUAUUUGUGAGAUUAGGGGGACAAAUGAAUUGGAACUGAAUUCAAGUUCUAAAUUUGAUUAAGUUUCUUCAGUGAGCCUUUAAGAUAAACUCAAAGUUGAUUGUAAAAUUUUAUCUAAUUUUCAACACUAAUGAAGUGGUAUAGAUGAUAUUUUGGUAGCAAAUAGUAAAAAGAUGGGAGGAAAUAAUAUCAACUAAUUUUGAGAAAGAAGCACUAAGAUUUUUAGUUGUAUUUGAAUUUUAAGAUGUUGAAUUGGUCAAAAUAAAAUAGGUUCCCUGUAAGAUAAUACAAAUACUUAUCAUCAACACCAUGAGCUAAUGUGUUUAUUGGUAACAGCAAUUUCACCAGAAUGAUUAUCGGUUUCUCAACGUAUGACCUCUCAUAGCCAAGACAAAUUUUAGCUAAGCAUCUUCGAGCUCCUAUAUUCAACUGAAUUUGAUUGAGAAUUUAGGAACUAAUUGGUAAAGAUAAGGAGAACUAUAUCCUGACAGUGGUAUUCUAUUAAGACACGAUGGCUUUAUAAUAUUCUUGAAGUCACACAGAUCUAUUAUAGCAAGCUUUAGGAAGAAUAUUGCCACACAAAUGGCUGGAUCUUGAAUGGGUUUCAAAUUUAAAUGAAGUGAUAAAAAUCUAUUAUGCAAGCUUUAGAAGGAUGUUACCCCACGUGUAUGGUUGGAUCUUCAAUGAGUUUCAUUGGGCCCCACCGCAGAGCAGCGUUAUCAAAGGUGCGCUUAAAGCGCGCUUAAGCCCUAAAGCGAGGCUCAAAACACGUUGAGCGCUUCGCCUCGCUUAACGAGUGCUUCAAUGUUGUCAUCAAGGCACUAAGGCAUGCUUUUCCUUGCCAAUAAGCGCAAUCCUGAAGUGGCGACACUAAACAAUUGAUAUUUCACUUUAUCGUAAAUUAUCUUCAAUUUGUUUGCCCAUAUUUAGUAUUCAUGCUUAUAGAUAUUAGUCUUGGACUACACACAUAUUUGUAGUUUUACUCUAUUUGCGCCUUUCUUCCUUAAAGCCCAUGCUUUCUUUGCGCUUAAAGGCCCAACAGACCUUAGAGCUUUUUUGCGCUUUUCGCCUUUGAUAACACUGCCACAGAGUAGUGAGAACACUUCCUCUAUUGAGAAAUGGACUACCUGAAACCUAAACGAACUCCAAAAAGAGAGGAUGAUAAUCACCUUAUGGGACUUCUUUGUUUGUUUUUUCUCAUUUUCGAUGUUAGUUUGAGCUUAAUAGUCAUAGUAAAUGUUUGACGCAUGUUAUGGUGAUGAUGGGGGCUCAUCGUUUUGGUCGUGAGAUUAUUAGUGGCAAUCUUGAAUGUAGUGUAAAAAGCAUAUGUAUAUCGAGUUGCAGUAGAUAGAGCAGUAACAACAACUUACCGUUGCUGGACUUCUAUUGGUUUCCUCCGCUAUUUAUGUUUCCAACCUGAACAUAGGAAAAAAGUAAAGCUUCUAAAACCAACAAUAAUUUAAUUAUAUGACAUGGACGAAAUGUUUUUGAAGAAUAAUUUUUAAUUAAGCUAGGCUAGCACAUCAAGAUAGAACAGCAGGAAAUACAAUCUUCUAGCUAACAUGUUUGACAAGUUAUUCCUACUAUAAUAUCUUGGGUGAGUCAGAGAUUGAGAAUCUAGUUAGUGCUAUUUGAACUAAUUCAAAGCAGUGGGCAUGCUUAAGUAAAGGACGAUGCUGGAAAACAGCCUAUAGGAAAGAAUAUGAAAAUAGCAGUUCUUAAAGUUUUCUGGAAUGACUUCUAGUAAUCACGUUACUUGUUGCAGUACAAUCCAACUUCAUCUCCUGAAUGAACUUGCCAAUCUCUUUCCAAGUCCAUCCAUCCAUGGACAUAGAAUUCGUCACUAGACCCUUUCUCUAUGAAGGUUGUCACAUUUCUAUAUCUUACUGGUUGAUUUUCAUCACUCACAUACCAUAUGGCAGCCUUAUUUCCCAGCAGCAAAAUAUAGUUGAUGUUGAUCAUUUCAUAAGUCCAGAACCUGAAAACAUAAUUGAACAUGUUGUCAUGUGACACCGCCAUCCUUCUGCUGGUGAUAUCUCCAUCCACUGAUGUCUGGAGUUUCGGCCAAGGCCCGGCUUACCUCUGCAACAUUACCCCCUACCCGUCGUUGAGUUAUUUUUGGAAAAGGGUCAUAGUUACCCCUCUACUUUCAAAUAUUGUUCAAAUAUACUUUGGUCCAAAUAUACCCCCUAUCCGUUAAAUAAUCUGGUCCCCGCCUAAAAAUAGACACGUGGAGGGCUAAGGAUUAAUUUAAAGGACCCUUCCAUUUUGCCCAAAUCAACACCCAAAAUUCCCAUAACCCGACCCAUUUGAAUCCAUUUAAUCACCAAAGAAGGGUCUUCUUCACGAAAGACUUUAGUUUUCACUCUUUCCCUAUAUUUCUCAUUCCAAGUGGAGCUGCUGCUUACAUUGUUUUCUGAAUUUACAUCAUUUAAAUCAACACCCACCACAUCGUAUUGAAAACUGUCAAGACUGAGAAGGACUAUGUCAUCUUCUUCAGAGGAAGAAAGACCAGUGCUUGCGGGGGUGGUCUUGUUGAGGUCGGGCUGGGUCAAAGCGAAGAAAAAUGGUUGAAUAGAAAUGGGUUUUGCUUGGAUUUGAAGAUAGUGACAAGUUCAAUGUCCUAAAAAUCUCAAGUCUUUCAUAUCAAGAUUUUCACGAAACUUUUCAACUUGAGCUUGUGCAGAACCCAAAUGGUUGAAUUGAAAUGUUUUUUGCUUUUGCUUUAUUCUGCUGGAGAGGGUGUUGGGUGUGUCGGUGUGGGUGGUUGCAGCGAGAGCGUGUUGAACUGUGAAAUGGAGAAAGGGUUUUUUGAAGAAGGGAUAAAUGGGGAUUUGUUUUGUCAUUUUGAAAUUGUUUGAAUUUGGGCUUAUGAUCAAAUUCAAAUUUGCUUUUUGCUUUUACUUGUUGUUUUGUCUGAAUUAAUGGGUUGGGUUAAGAGAGUAUUUUUAGGGAGGUAAUGGGUCGGGUUACGGAAAUUUUGGGUAUCGAUUUGGGCAAAAUGAAUGGGUCUUUUAAAUUAGUCUCUAGCCCUCCACGUGUCUAUUUUUAGGUUGGGACCAGAUUAUUUAGCGGAUAAGGGGUAUACUUGGACAAAGUAUAACAGUAGGGGUUUUAUAGUCGAAUAGUGAAACGGAGGAUAAAUACGAAUAAUAUUUGAAAGUAGAAAGGUAGAUAUGACCUUUUUCCUUUUCUACUAUAUACUUCACAUCCCUUCUAAACUUACCAACCUCACUUCUUCCUCUUCCUCAUCCUUGUAAAGUUUCCCAUGCUUCUGUUUCCCUUCCUGGAAAGUAGGAAAUCCUUUCUUCUGAUAUGAACUUAUUUGGCCUAUGCAAUAUUGGAAAAUCACUAGAAAAACAGCAAACUUGAAAUGAUAACGCAGCUAAGGUCAGGAAAAGUGGGACAAGAAAAAGGAGAAGGUGACCUUUAAGGCUCCUGAUCAGUCAACACAGGAUAUCAAUGAAAACUGUGGAAGCAGUGGCUUUACGUGAAGGUGGAGGAGUGUAUUCGAUGAUGGGUGUAUCAGUGGUUUUUAUGUGAUUUCUGAAGCUGCUAUGAUAAAAAAUGGCGGCAGACUUGAGGCAAACGGAUCUGUCAUCAAGAAGGUUUAGUGGGAGUAAAUGUGAAUCUAGCUUGUAAUGAAAAAGAACUCUUGGUGUGAACAUCUGUUACUCGGUUAGUGCUUUUACCAGAGAACUUCUUCUGUUUCUGAUUA